AUGUGGCUUCUCAACACAGAGACCAUCGAACUCCACCAGUUCUCUGGUCCCGCUGACGUCCCGUACGCGAUUCUCUCUCACGUGUGGACCAACAAAGAGCAGAGCUUCCAGUCCACACCUCGAUUUGGUACUCCAGGAUCCUUCGGUCUAUUCCGCUGGAUGCUGUACCCUACGUCACAGAAGAUCCGCAACGUGUGCGCUCAGGCGCGGGUGGAUGGCUUUCGCUGGCUAUGGACGGACACUUGCUGCAUCGACAAGACCAACAGCGUCGAGCUCUCGGAGGCGAUGGCUUCGAUGUACCGGUGGUACGAAUGCGCCUCUAACUGCUAUGCGCUACUUGAUGACGUUCCGAGCGUGGAAGUAGAGGAUCCUCGCCAUCCCACCUCCUCGUUCCGGCGAAGCAGGUGGCAUAGGCGCGGGUGGACACUACAGGAGCUCAUCGCCCCGUGCUCCGUCAUCUUCCUCUCUAAGGGCUGGAAAGUCAUCGGUGAUAAGCACACCCUCGCAGAUCUCAUCGAAGAAGUGACCGGCAUCGACCGCUAUGUGCUCACUCAUGAACGGAGGGUCGAGGACUGCAGUGUCGCGUGCCGGAUGUCGUGGGCUGCCGGAAGGGAAACCCGACGCGUCGAGGACGAAGCAUACUGUCUCAUGGGCAUAAUCGGGGUCUAUAUGCCGAUCUUGUACGGAGAGGGGAGGAACGCCUUCCUAAGGCUGCAGGAGGAGAUAGUCAAGAAAACCCCAGACCAGAGCAUCUUCGCCUGGGGA